UGUGCGGCCUCGGCGGCGGCGCGGCGACGAUGGAUUUCCCGUGGCUGGACCUGCCCUUCACCUUCCUCACUCUGCUCCUCGCCACCCGCCUCGCCUACGACUACUACGGCUACGUCGCCGCCACCAUCGCCGGCAGCUUCUCCCUCCAGAUCUUCCUCUUCUACUGCUUCGCGCGCUGGUACAGCCAGACCAUGCGCCCCCGCACCGACCUGCUCCCGUCCACGUCGCGGCGGCAUGACGACGGCGGCAGCGGCGCCACGCCUGUCCUGACGCCGCUCCUGGAGACGACGGCUGGAGCUGGAACCGGAGCCGGCGCCGCAGCGGCCUCCGGGACCUUGCUGGCCAACCGGUGCCUGGCCUUCGUGUUCAUGGUCUUCGUCCCCCUCAUCAUCGUCAUCUUCGAGCAGAGCCAGGCGGACGUCCUGGCCUACGGCCUCUGCCUCGCCAACAUCGUCGUCAUGGUCGUCUGGCUCUCGCCGGACUCGGCGGCCACGUUGGCGGCCACCAAGUCGUUCCUGACACUUAGCGAUGACGAGGAGGACGAGGAGGGCGGCAGCGGCGCCGAGGACAAGUGCUGCGUCUGCCUCGCCGGCAUGCGGGAGGAGCAAGACCUCCGUGACCUCACGCGGUGCGGCCACCAGUUCCACGACAAGUGCAUCGGCAAGUGGCUCAAGUCCGGCCACCCGACGUGCCCUGUGUGCCGGGCGUUGGUCGUGCCGCCGCAGCAGGCCACACACGCUGACCCCCACCAUGACUCCAUUAGCCCUGUCUAGCUCUGUUUCUGUCCUGCGUCCAAUCAAGAAAUCAUUCCUAGAGAAGAUCGUAUUCUGGCAACGGUAAAGUGUUUCUUGAUGAUGUGCAGUU